AUGCAUCUGUCGUGGCUGUUGGUUGCAUGGGCGUGCCUUGUCGGACGGGCACUGAGUAUUGAUGUCGCCUCUUUUCUCUCGCAAAUUCCCGACUGUGCAGGAAGCUGUCUGCUGGACUUGGCAGCCAACUCAACAUGUGGAAUCGACGUCGAAUGUCUCUGCGCCGACCCCAACCUGCAGACCGUUGCUGCAAGCUGCGUUCAGAGCAAAUGCUUGCCCAGGGAGGCACUUUAUACGCUCAACGUAACCUCGGUGGCCUGCGAAUAUCCCGUACGCGACCGACAUCAAAAGUUCGAUACUCUAGGCAUCUGCCUCGGCGUGAUCACUACACUCGUUGUUGGUGCACGACUCUUCCAGAAGUUGAGGUUCGAGAGGCUAUUGCGGGCAGAUGAUUACAUGAUCAUCAUUUGCUGGGUGACCUGUAUCGGCAACACCAUCAGCUGUGUCUACGGUCUGUCCGGAAAUGGGUUUGGAAGAGAUGCAUGGACGAACAGCCCGUACACCAUUACCGAGUUCCUUCGCGUUAGUUGCUUCCCUCGUAUCCCAAUGCGAUGCACAUUCGUUAACAAUCUGCAGUAUGUCUACAUCGGCCAGACCUUCUACGCGACCGACGUCUUCCUGACCAAAAUAUGCGUCCUACUCUUCUACCUCCGAAUCUUCCCCGUGCGAUCGGUACAAAUACUUAUAUGGACAACAAUUGGAGUUGCGGCUCUCAGCAUGGUGGUCUUCAUUGUUCUGGCAAUCGCGCAGUGUCAACCGAUCAGUUUCUUCUGGACUGGGUGGGAUAAACUACACGAAGGACACUGUAUUGGAAUCAAUCCAUUGGCUUGGUCAAUUGCCGCAGUCUCCAUCGCCAUGGACUUUUGGGUGCUCGCAAUCCCAGUCUUCCAGCUGUUGCGACUUCAGAUGAAGUGGCAGAGGAAAUUGGCUGUUGCUAUGAUGUUUCUUGUCGGCACCUUUGUCAGUAUCGUCAGCAUCAUCCGACUCCAAUUUCUCGUUGCUUUUGGCAAAUCCACCAACCCCACAUGGGACUUUUUCGACACAUGUUAUUGGUCGGUAAUCGAAGUUAACGUCGCUAUUUGUCAAGGCAUUCCCAAGACUCAACAGCCAGAACGAUUCCAGACCAUCAAAGAGCACGAGUUCGUCGAGGAAAUUCGGUGUAUCACCGCAUCAUAG